AUGUUUAAGUUUAAUGGCCUUUCUUUUGGUUACAGAUGGACGUUCUACCAGCUAGACGAUACUUUCUCUUCAGCAUUUGAAGCGAAAGUAUCCAACAUAAGCAUCCUUGGUGCAAAGUCUGGCGCGGCUCGCAACUGUACAGCAUGCCUACCUGGAUAUCAUAGCACAACACACAACACUGACUGUAAAAUUUGUCCAAAUGGAACUAGCAGUUUAGCAGGUUCUCAUAAAUGCGAUCCAUGUCAAGGGCAGACUUUUGCCGCACAGGUAUACAGCUUCACGUUUGCUACAAGAGUCAGUGAGGGUUCGGUCACACACACUUUCUCGUUUUGUGGUUAUAGCUUCUAAACAAUGAACACUUUGUUAUGAGUUGUGAGUAAGCCGGUCAGUCAUUCAGUUAAUCAGUUAAUCAGUCAGUCACUUUAUCAGCCAACAGUCAGUGAGUCAUACAUGAUUUUCAUAUAUUCAUAACUUCGUCAGUGAGUCAGUUAGUCAGUCUGUCAGGAAGGGAGACAGUCAGUUAGUCAUUUAAUUAACCAACCAAGCAGUCAGUCAGUUAGACAGUCAGUCAGCCAGCCAGUCAGUCUUUCAGGUUAUCGGUCCCUCAGUCAGGCAGUCUGGUACCAUAGUCAGGUAGUCAGUCAGUCAGCGAGCUAGCCAGCCAUUCAUUCAUUCCUGGCCAUAUCAAUGCUGGACAGUAAUCAAAUGGAAACGUGACCCCCCCCCCCCCUCCCCCCCUCCCCCCUCCCCUUAACGCAUCUGUCAUACACCAUGAAGUAACCUUAUUUUGAAAUUAUUCUCGGAGAUCGAUUUACAUUGAGUUAUUCCUUGUGUCUUGAUGCCUGAGCUAAAGUGUUUUGUUUUUUUGUUUAGAAGGGUAGUAAAGAAUGCCUUCCUUGUGGAAGCAAUACAAAAGUUCUACCAAACAAAGAUGGCUGUGACACAAAUGGAUGUACAUUCAGUCCCGCACCUGGUGUAGUUUAUGACCUCUCUGCGCUUUCCCGUCCCGGCGGAUCAAUGAUUAAAGUCAAUUUACCAGGACUACACCCAUGGCGUCGAAGGUAAAUUCCUUUCCUUCCCCCUUCCUCUCACCCAGGGUAUUUAAGGGUUUUAUUUGUUACGACCAAGAGGGGGUCGGAAAAGUUGUGGAGGAAGGUGUCUGCAGUAAUUACUGCUGUUUGUAAUUGGCUCAAAGCCCUCAACUGAUUCUUGACAGCCAACCGGCGUUGACCAAAUUCGGAAGAUGGGAGCAGUCGAUGGUAUAUUGGAAUGGAGACGAGGUUGUUCGAUGGAUAUAUUUUCCUGGAAACGAGGCUGAAGGGGAAUAGACCAUCGAUCAAUCUCGUUUCAAGGUGCGGCCGCCUAGCCGUUUAUUCACGAGUGGACUAAGGAAAUUGCGUUCACGGCUAUCCAAAGACGAAAUAGCUAAAUUUCGAACCAGAGAUUCCGGAAAAAAACUGAACGAAAGAAAUGCAACUGUACGCAAAACAUAUUGUUCGAUGGAUGUUAUCUACUUUUUGAGGAGUAUCUGCAAAAAAAAAGUGUUUGUAUCUUGAAACCGUACCGAGGAAUAGGCCAAACCUUAGAAGGAAGUCUUCAAGGGUAUAAGCUAAGAUCUUAAAGAUCUUUUGAAUGAAUAAUAAAACAAUUAUUGAAUUCGGCAUUCAUAUGAUGUGAGGAAUCAUGUUAUCCACCUCAGGGUAACAACCGGUUUCGCUACUUGUCGAAUUCUCUACGUCUUAGUUCGCAACAAACUCGCUACAUAGUACUUUCUAUAAGCCACUGAAAAUACUCCCUUAGUCCCUUUAGAAAAAAAAUCUUUUAAUGUAUUUCUUGCCCCCUCCGAGGGUGCAAGUUUCGGGCUUUGCCAAUAGGCAGCGAGACGAAUAUGUACGUGGGCCUCGGCACACCCAUAGGACGAGACUCAAGCGAACUCGAACGUAGCGAAGUUGUCAAGUAGCGAAACUGUUGUAAAGCCACCUCGGCCUUCCGCCUUGGUGGAUAACAGUCUCCUGGAUCUUCAUAAUAGACCCUCCCUCUGUUUAUUCAACUUUUGACAUGCACCAGUUAAGAAAAAUCCGUAGAUACCACUGGAAAAAUUGCCUUGAAAUUAAUAAUAUUGCCAAUUUCAAAGUGAUGCGUCUAAAGCGAGCGAAGAUAUAACAGGGGCACCCAACGAGAAUAUAGUUCAAAACCACUUUAACAUAGCAUUGUUAAACGUAUUUUAGUAUUUAAACGGUAGAUACAGGAAUAUUUUUAUCCCCUAAAAAAGUUUUCAUCUGUUCGGAUUUCCUAGCUGAAAGUCUAGUGAUCUGAAAAUUAUAGGGAUCAAAACUUACCUUUUCGAAAAUUUCAGCCAGAAACAAAAUGUUAGCAUAGGGGAGGGGUAGGUGGGCAGUUUCCCAGAAACGUAUAAUCAUCCAAAUUUUUGACAAUUUCGCGAAUUUCGGGAGCUAUUUCUUCAUUAGUUUUCAUCAAAUCUUUUUCAAACAUGGCAAUUUUAUUAAUUUUAAGGUGCUCUUUUCAGAGGUGUCGACGGAUUUUCCUUAACUUGUCCACGUCAAAAGUUGAAAACUAUUGCUAAUUAUCAUUGUUUUCUUGUUAUUGCUUUCGUUCUUUAGGAGGUACAGCUCUGGCUUAAUAUUCCCUUACAGUUUAACAUAUUAUGUCAACCUUUGCACCGUUGAUCACGACAAUAGCUCGUGCACAUCUCGUGACAGGAUCAGCGGUAAAAGAGUUCCCCUUCCCGUGAUGGCUUGCAGUUCCUCUUGGUACAAUGACGUGAGCAUUGGGUCCGUGAUUGGCUACAAACGAAAACCGGAUAUCCGCUCUGGCUUGAUUGUGGAGUUGCUUCACGGUGACAAAUAUCUCUCUGGAGGUGAGUGCAGCCAACGAGUUGUUAACAAAUUGUAA